ACAUUGGUUUAUUUUUACACAACAACAAAACUAAACACCCAAACUUUCAGUGAGCAAAAUCAUUUUUGUCUUAAUCUACAAUUUAAAAUUGAAAUCUAUGAAAUUAUAAUAAUAUGUUUAAAAAAACUGAAACACAAAUUGGCUAAAUGAAUUAAUUUAAAGCAGUUUGAGUGUGUCACACAAGGUUUCAUAUUUUGUGAAAAUUUAAUUAGGUUAUUGUAAACUGUGCGCUCACUGGGUACAAGAAUUGUUGCUAAUAGAUGAAAAUCUAUAAUGUCUAGAACAUCAACACACUCAAACAUACACGAAACAUACCCAAGAUCCAUCAGUAAAAUAUACGUACCUAAAAGCUCUGCAGAGAGAUACAAAGUUGGACAAGGAAGACGAAACCAGUUGGUUUCCAAGUGGUCUAAUGAUAAAGUGUACGAUGAGCUUUCUUCUUUCAUAGCAGAAUUUUCCUACUUGACAGACCGUCCUGUAAUUUCUGACACACAAAAACCUGUUUUGAAAUCACCAACCUAUAAUGUCUAUGCUGUGCGCAAAGAUGAAGAUGAUGGUAAUCCAUUCAAACGUGAUUCCAGAUCUUCAAAUAAAAGCUUCAGGAAAAAUUCCUCACCUCGCAGGAAAUCAGUGGAAUGGGUGGAUGAAGUGGAUUCUCUAGUUGUACAUCGUAGGAAACGUCAAAACUCACCUGAAACCCCGACAACGGAUACCCAACGAGAAGAACUGCGUAAGAGUAUUCCACGAACAAAAAGAAAAUAUCGAAACCGCCCAAAAUCUUCUGGCAGUAGGAUUGGUGACAAAAAAUCCCGUUCCAAGUCGCGAAUGAGGAGAAAAGUGAGCCAGAGCAGACAUAAACCUAGAAGACGUGAAUCAAAGCAUGAAGUGCACAGGAUCAUUCCCGCAACAAGACGCAGGAGAAGAUCGAGGUCAAAAUCUUUGGUCAAAGCCAUGCCUUUCUACGCCCCAUGGAGAAAAAGCAAACAAGUAGCAGUGAGACCAGUAGAAAGGAAAAGAGAAGUCAGAAGAAAAAGAUCAAUCAAAGUAGUGCAAGUAAAGAAGAUGAUUCCUCAUGAAGCGCCGACCAUUGUUACACUCUAUCCAAAAACUAAAACACAUGAAGAAUUCAAACCAGAUUUCUUGGCGGACGCAUCGCUUGCCUGCAAAUGUUUUAAAUGUAUGAAGAAAUAUGAGUCAUUGAUAAAAAUGUCGCUACCACCACCUACACUUCCCCUGUAUUACCGACCCAAGAUUGCUGCAUAUCCUCGUUUAGUCCAUGAGCCCGACUGGAGUUACGAUUGUAGCCCCUGUGCACUACGUCCGCCAGACUGCGGUCUUAUCGACAGUUGCCAACAAUUUGGGGAUGGCUACAAAAGUGUCGUCAUGAAGUUCAAUUGCAUCGGUCAAUAUCUGGACUCCACUAUCACUCAGUACUUUCAUUCCAUUCUUGACAGAUCCAUCUAUUAUUGAUGUGUCUAAGGUUUGAUAUUGUAUACUUUAAUGCUUGUACAUUUGUGGUAGAUGUCAUUUCAAUAACAUUAUAAAUUAAAUAUACUGUGUUUCCUUUAGAUUU